GAGACGCACAGGGGGAUGUCCAUGUCCCGUGAGUUUUUAUUGAGGAGGGUUGACUUCUCUCUCCAGAGGCUGACACGUCAAAACACGGUCAUGUUGCAGCGAUGCGUUUUUCACAGAAUUAUCCAGCAAUUUUAUUCCGGGUAUCAAGAACCCACUAAAAGUCUGCUGUCAGGGUUUCCCACUCCGCUGCGGCUUGGAUAUGGAGCUGCUUUGCACAGAAGCAAAUCAACUCAUCCAGAUGUGAAGGAACGGACUCUUAUAGCUGUGAAGCCGGAUGGAGUUCACCGUCGCCUUGUGGGACAAAUAAUUCAGAGGUUUGAGCAGCGUGGCUUCAAGCUGGUCGGCCUGAAGAUGCUGCAGGUGUCUGAGGAUCUUCUGUCUCAGCACUACUGUCAGCUGACAUCAAAGCCUUUCUAUCCCAGUCUGGUGGAUUAUAUGACCUCAGGGCCAGUUGUAGUGAUGGUAUGGGAGGGUCACAAUGUGGUCCAGUCAUCUCGUACAAUGGUGGGACCCACUGAUCCGGCUGCAGCCCCGGCAGGCACAGUCAGAGGAGAUUUCAGCAUCCAUGUCAGCAGGAAUGUGGUUCAUGCCAGCGAUUCACUGGAAGGCGCUCAGAGGGAGAUCCAGCUGUGGUUUCAAGGAAAAGACCUUCUGAACUGGGACUGCUGCGACCAAAGCCUCACUAUGGAGGAGUGAAGAUGCUGACAGUGGAAGGAAGUGAGAACCAGUAGCACUACCUCUUCUUCAACUGUUCAAUGUCUUAUCAGUGUUCUUUCCAAAUAAUUUACCUCAUUAAAUGCAUAUUUAUUAACAGAUUUUUGUUCAAUCAAAUGGGAAAUUUUGGAAUUUGAGCUACAAUAGCAACUACACGCACAUAUACAGUAACAAGAAAAUGUAUGUGAACCCUUUGGGAUUACUUGGAUUUCUGUAUAAAUUGGUCAUAAAAUGUAUUUUGAUCUUCAUCUAAGUCACAACAGCAGACAAACACAGGGUGGUUAAAGUAAUACUGCACUAAAAAUGAUUUGUUUUCAUGUUUUUAUUGAACACAACAUGUAAACAUUUGCAGGGUGAAAAAAUGUAUGUGAACCCCUAGGAUAUAACGUCUCCAAGAGCUAACUGAAGCUAGGACUCAGCCAACCUGGAGUCCAGUCAAUGUGAUGAGAUUGGAGGUGUUGGUUAAAGCUGCCCUGUCCUAAAAAAAACUAGCUUGGAAAAUCCAAACUGAAUCUCCACGUAAUCUCCUAUCUCCAUGUUAGGAGAGUCAGUUUGGCAUUGUGCGAAUUGAAUCGCGUUUCCCUCCUGGUACAGUUUGGUACGACCAAUCAUAGCACGGGAGGCGGGAGUUAAUGCUGCGUCAUCUUCAGCGCCUGGAUUACUCAUAAAGAUGAUGCCGGAGGAGAAGGAGGGGGGCCACCGCCGUAAAACAAGAAGGAGAGAGAGAGAGAGAGAGAGAGGAGGGGGGCCAAAGCAAAACUUUUUGUGGUCUCUUGGCGUUUUGGAUGGCGUUAGUCGUUGCCUCUUUUCACUUGAUGUUUCCGACGAUAAGGAGGCAGCGGAUGGCUCGUUACUUUCGGCUUCUUGCCAUUGUUUGUGCAGAGGAAAAUCCCGUUCCAAACGUGUGAGUAAAUGUAAGCAACUUUUACACAUACGCACCGACUUGGUUUGGCUCCGAUUUAAAGUUAUUCCUAACACCGCUAAUCGUUCGGAAGGAGUCUUUUGUUGCGUAGCCUUUUCAAAAAUAAGUGUUGUACUUGAGAGUACCCCAUGUAUUCGCAGAUUUUUGUGACAAAAACGGCAGUAAUCAUUCACCGCGACGCUUUCUCAGCUCCAUGCCAUUGUUGUUUGGACUACAUGGACUUCAAGGUCGAUUUGUUUGUGCGUCACAUCCCUGUUACGCUGAUUGGUUCUUUCUUGUUCAAGCUGCAUUCGUUAGCCCCUCCUUUUUGAAAUCGUCUCGUAUCAUCGCAAUGCCAGACUGCCUUUAUUUGUAUUUAUAUUAAUACAUAAAUAAAGUCAGUCUGGAUUUUACAGGCAAAUAAAAAACACACACCAGUUUUAAGUUUUCUGUUCUCAAGAAGCAUUGGUUGAUUUGCUCGCACAAAAGAGCUCUCAGAAUACCUCCAGUCAAGAAUUGUUGACUUGCAUGAAACUGGAAUUUUUUUAAAAAAAAGUACAGUAUCGUUAAAAGCCUUAAUGUUCAUGUGUCCACAGUAAGAGAGAUUGUCUAAAAAUGGAGAAAUUUCAGCACUGUUGCUACUCUCUCUAAGCAUGGUCAUCCUGUUUAAGGUAACUGCAAGAGCACAGCGCAGAAAGCUUAUUGAGGCGAAGAAGAAUCCUAGAGUGUCAGCUAAGGACUUACAGAAAUCUCUGGCACAGGCUAACAUUUUUGUUGACAAAUCUACAAUAAGUAGAACAUUAAACAAGAAUGGAGUUCAUGGGAGGACACCACGCUAUCCAAAAAAACAUUCCUGCACAUUUGAAGUUUGCGUAAGAGCACCUGGAUGUUCUACAGCACUAUUGGCAAAAUAUUUUUGGACAGAUGAAACCAAAAUUGAGUUGUUUGGAAGAAGCACAACACUAUGUGUGGAGGAAAAGAAGGCACAGCAACAUCAAAACCUCAUCCCAACUGUGAAAUAUGGUGGAGGGGGUAUCAUUGCCUGGACGGAUUGCUGUCAUUGACGGAAAAAUCAAUUUCCAAGUUUAUCAAGAAAUUUUGCAGGGAAACUUCAGACCAUCUGUCUGCCAACUGAAGCUCAACAGAGGAUGGGUGAUGCAACAGGACAACAGCCCAAAGCACAGAAGUAAAUCAACAAUAGAAUGACUUCAACAGAAGAACAUAGGCAGUCUUGAGUGGCCUGGUCAGAAUCCUGACCUCAACCCAGAGAUGCUGUGGCAUGACCUCAAAAGAGCGAUUCACACCAGAUAUCCCAAGAAUAUUUCUGAACUGAAAGUUUUGUAAAGAGGAAUGGUCCAAAAUUCCUAUUUACUGUUUGGUUGAGGGUAUUGCUGCCAAAGGGGAGCUCAACCAGUUAUUAAAUUCAAAAGUUCACAUACUUUUUCCACUCUGCACUGUGAAUGUUUACAUGUUGUGUUCAAUAAAAACAUGAAAACAUAUAAUUUUUUGUGCGAUAUUAGUUUAAGCAGAUUGAUACAUGAUAUUGAUUUGACAGACUUCUAUUGCCCAUAUUAUAAAUGGUGAGUUUAGACCUUUCAGAAGGAGAUCAUUCUAAUUUGUUGUCAGUUAUUUUUAUUCAUUUGCUUACUUUCGCACCCCUUUAACUGCUCUGCUGUAUGAUUAUUAUUCACAGCUUCUACACCACGUUUCCAAGAGACUACAAUCCGCUUUCUGAUAUCAAAUAUAUGCAAAUAAUUUAUAUAUAUAUAUAUAUAUAUAUAUAUAUAUACACACAGUGCCUUGUGAAAGUAUUCGGCCCCCUUGAACUUUUCAACCUUUCGCCACAUUUCAGGCUUCAAACAUGAAGAUAUGAAUUUUAAUUUUUUGUCAAGAAUCAACAACAAUUGGGACACAAUCGUGAAGUGGAACGAAAUUUAUUGGAUAUUUUAUACUUUUUUAACAAAUAAAAAACUGAAAAGUGGAGUGUGCAAUAUUAUUCAGCCCCUUUACUUUCAGUGCAGCAAACUCACUCCAGAAGUUCAGUGAGGAUCUCUGAAUGAUCCAAUGUUGUCCUAAAUGACUGAUGAUGAUAAACAGAAUCCACCUGUGUGUAAUCAAGUCUCCGUAUAAAUGCACCUGCUCUGUGAUAGUCUCAGGGUUCUGUUUAAAGUGCAGAGAGCAUCAUGAAGACCAAGGAACACACCAGGCAGGUCUGAGAUACUGUUGUGGAGAAGUUUAAAGCCGGAUUUGGAUACAAAAAGAUUUCCCAAGCUUUAAACAUCUCAAGGAGCACUGUGCAAGCAAUCAUAUUGAAAUGGAAGGAGUAUCAGACCACUGCAAAUCUACCAAGACCCGGCCGUCCCUCUAAACUUUCACCUGGAACAAGGAGAAGACUGAUCAGAGAUGCAGCCAAGAGGCCCAUGAUUCACUCUGGAUGAACUGCAGAGAUCUACAGCUGAGGUGGGAGAGUCUGUCCAUAGGACAACAAUCAGUCGUACACUGCACAAAUCUGGCCUUUAUGGAAGAGUGGCAAGAAGAAAGCCAUUUCUCAAAGAUAUCCAUAAAAAGUCUGGUUUGAAGUUUGCCACAAGCCACCUGGGAGACACACCAAACAUGUGGAAGAAGGUGCUCUGGUCAGAUGAAACCAAAAUCGAACUUUUUGGCCACAAUGCAAAAUGAUAUGUUUGGCGUAAAAGCAACACAGCUCAUCACCCUGAACACACCAUCCCCACUGUCAAACAUGGUGGUGGCAGCCUCAUGGUUUGGGCCUGCUUUUCUUCAGCAGAGCUGAAGACUGCUGUUCACAAACGCUCUCCAUCCAACCUCACUGAGCUCGAGCUGUUAUGCAAGGAAGAAUGGGCAAGAAUUUCAGUCUCUCAAUGUGCAAAACUGAUAGAGACAUACCCCAAACGACUUGCAGCUGUAAUAGCAGCGAAAGGUGGCGCUACAAAGUAUUAAUGCAAGGGGGCCGAAUAAUAUUGCACGCCCCACUUUUCAGGUUUUUAUUUGUUAAAAAAAGUUUAAAAUAUCCAAUAAAUUUCGUUCCACGUUCACUGUCCCACUUGUUGUUGAUUCUUGACAAAAAAUUAAAAUUUUAUAUCUUUAUGUUUGAAGCUUGAAAUGUGGCGAAAGGUUGAAAAGUUCAAGGGGGCCGAAUACUUUCACAAGACACUGUGUGUGUAUGUGUAUAUAUAUAUAUAUAUAUAUAUAUGUGUCAGGGUAGAGACUGCGAUUUGGUAGAAUUGGAGUUUCUACCAGUAGAGAUGGAACUUUAAAUCUGACCCCUGACCCUAACCUUAACUGACCCUGACCCCGACCCCUGACCCUAACCUUAAAAGUCUAACCUUAGCCCUGACAAAUCUCUACUGGUAGGAUUGGAGUUUCUACUGGUAGAGACUCCAAUCGCAGUCUCUACUGGUAGAAACUCCAAUUCUACCAAAUCGCAGUCUCUACCAUGAGAUAUAUAUAUAUAUAUAUAUAUAUAUAAACAAACAUAAGUUAACUGUGUACUUGAACUGAAGUACCUGAAGUGUAAUUUUUCUACUUGACAUCUACGAUGAAUUUGUGUGCUGAAAACAUGAAAUAAUCCUCCUACCUCUGAAGAUGUUAAAUGAGAAGACAGUUUUAGAGCAAGUGGAAAAUUUAGUCAGGAAUCGUCUGAAAUGUGCAAUGCUAGUGGAGGCAAAAAACAGGCAAUGGCUGUUUACAGUACAAUGUUUGACCUCUAAUGAGCUUUAUUUGUAAGAAUGUGCUGAAGUAACAUGUUGUGCACUGCACAUCUCUGCACAGUGUUAAAUUACUUCUACCUGAAUCUGUGUUUUUAUGUAUGUUGACGUCUGCAGUGACGCUUUCUUUUAAUUAUUAGAAAUCAAACAUGUUUUUGUUCUUUGCACAGAGGAUAAAAAUGACAGACAUUCUCAAAAUUAAGUAUGAAAUGAGUUUAUCUACAAUUCUUCAUGUCUUUGUUAAAAUGCAUGGUUUGAUCAUUUAUGUCAAAAUAAAAAACAAAUAUGCACAUAAUAUAUUAUUGAAGCUAAUAUAUUGACAAUAUUAUAUUUCUUAUAAUCCUACGUUGUACAUUAUUUCAUAACAUUCUUUGCAACUGAAGUACCAACAAAAAAGCACAAGAAAGAGAACAAUUUACUGUCUUAAAAACGCUAUAUAUAAGACUCAGGACUGCAGUUUUAAAUGAAGUAUGUUUGAAGUGUGUGUUGUUUAAAUACAGAUUGAUGUACAUGUAAUAAAAACUUGAAUCAGCCAAACAAC